GAUCACGUGACCAUCUACUGGAAACGGUAGUUGUUUGUAGUAUGUCACUAUCCGACUGUCCACGCCGCGCGAACUGUCACCAUUUGUCCAGAGGUGAACCAGGUGGGCACUUGACAUCACAAUGCUGAGGAUACGAUGGGAGCUGCUGCUAAUGGCCACCAUAUGCUGGCACAGAGGCCACACAGAUAAUCAUGAGGCUAAGCAGAGUCUUGGGCAUGUGACUGUGGUAGUUGUGGGUGGGACAGGUGACUUGGCCAGGAAGUACCUAUGGCAAGGCUUUUUCCAGCUCUAUGCUGACCAGGUAGGCAAAGGACACACCUUCUCAUUUUAUGGUGGGGGCCUUUCGCCGACUGAGAAGGGAACUCCGAUGCUGUUUGGGAUCUUGAAGGAGCUGGCUUGCCCUCCGGAGCUCUCUGCUGAACGCUGUGCUUUGGUCAAAGAGCAGUUUUUGCAUCUGUCCCAGUAUCACCAACUGAAGACAUCUGAGGACUAUGAAAAACUCAGCCAGAUGAUCAAACAGCAUUUAGGACAGGAGGGUAUUGUCGAAGCAGGAAGGCUCUUCUACCUGUCUGUUCCAGCUUUCGCAUAUGCAGACAUUGCAGAGAAGAUCAACAACACCUGCCGCCCCCCUCCUGAGGCAUGGCUGAGGGUGGUACUGGAGAAGCCAUUUGGUCACGACUUUUUUAGUGCUCAGUCCCUUGACAGAAAACUGUCAGGCCAGCUGAAAGAAGAGGAGAUGUAUAGGAUUGACCACUAUUUAGGGAAGCAGGUUGUCUCUAAAAUAUUGCCAUUUAGGAAAGAGAAUAAGAAACUUCUGGACCCUAUCUGGAACAAGCACCAUAUUGAAAGAAUAGAAAUUGUAUUGAAGGAAACCCUGGAUGCCAAAGGGCGUAUUCAGUUUUAUGAUCAAUAUGGUGUCAUCAGAGAUGUGCUCCAGAACCACCUCACAGAGGUCAUGACCCUUAUGCUGAUGAAUCUUCCUGCAAACCCCUCCAACAGCAAGGAGAUACUACAAAACAAGCUACAUUUCUUGGCUUCCCUACAGUAUGUAGAUAACAGUAAUGCGGUCGUAGGUCAGUACCAAGCUUACAAUGGAGAGGUUCAGGAAGAGCUCAAUAAAACAAAGGACUACUUCAGCCUAACCCCCACAUUCGCUGGUGUGGUCAUUCAUGUCGACAAUGCGCAAUACGAGGGCAUCCCCAUAUUUAUGACCUCAGGCAAGGCACUUGAUGAACGGGUUGCUUAUGCACGUGUAGUUUUCAAAAGUGAUGUAUUUUGCGUCCAGGAUCCUGACAAUGUUCAGUGCAAUACCAAACAGAUCAUAUUUUAUCUGGGUCACGGAGACCUCCAGUACCCUGCGAUUCUCGUGAGCAAGAACCUGUUCAAGCCCGACCUGGUGAACAGCGGUGACUGGAAAGAGGUCACCGAACACAAAGACGUAAAAGUGCUGGGGUUACACCUCAGUGAUUAUUACAUCCAGACGCCAGUCGUACCCAGAGAGGCUUAUUGCGAGCUGAUCUCACAUGUCUUCUUUGGACGCAAGGACAGCUUUAUCAGUGCUGAAGGACUCCUUGCUUCCUGGGCGUUUUGGACGCCUCUCCUUGAAAGCUUGACUCGGGUCUUUCCGCGGGUGUAUCCUGGUGGCGUAGCCAAUGGGAACCUGCUGAACUUUCAUCUGCGGGGCAAUCAGGUAGCCUUUAGCCAUGAAGCUGUGGUCAACGUGAUCAACCCCGGUGCCGAGGACAACUUCCAGGUGAUGCAAGGAAAGUACCGUAGUUCUGAAAUGGUAUCUGCUUGGGCACAGGAACUGGUGGAGCGCUUGGCUUCUGAUCUUCUUCUGGCUGCUGAGGAGGCCAUUCGUGAAGGAGGUCAGUUUCACCUGGCUUUGUCUGGUGGCUCCAGCCCGGUGGCGCUGCUCCGUGCGCUCGCCCUGAACCUCUACACCUUUCCGUGGCGCAACACUCACAUAUGGCAAGUGGAUGAGCGAUGUGUGCCACAUACAGAAUCUGGCUCCAACUUCCGGUCCAUUCACGAUCUGCUGCUUCAGCAUAUCCGCAUACCCUACUUCAACAUCCACCCCAUGCCAGUGCAUCUCACCCAACGGUUAUGCGUGGAAGAGGAUGGUGGUCCUGCAUUAUAUGAGAAGGAAAUAAAGAAACAUGUCAAUGCCUCCAGCUUCCACUACAUCCUGCUCGGCGUAGGCCAGGACGGCCACACUGCCUCGUUGUUCCAGGACACCAAGUUGGAAAGCGACGAAGAACGGUUGGUAACUCUGUCAGAGAGCCCCAUUAAACCUCAUCAGAGGAUGAGUCUCACAUUCACAGCUAUCAAUAGAGCUCGAAGGGUAGGUGUUUUAAUUAUGGGGAAGAGCAAGCAUGAACUUGUCAGUCAACUCAGCCGAAUUAAGGGGGAAUCAUCUAAGUAUCCCAUCACCAAAGUACAGCCAAAGAGCGGGACUCUUGUAUGGUACAUUGACUAUGAUGCACUGUUAGGAUAGACCAGGACAUAUCGGUCAAUGAAGCCACCAGGGCUUAUAGCUCAAAUUGAAUGCUGUAUUGUGGAUGAUUGCAAAAUAUCAUUUGAAGUUUAAUUUUCACACAAACUGAAGUGUGAAUUGUGUGAGACUUAUUUUAAUGCUUUGACUUUGCAAUUUGAUUUGUGUUAUGAAAUAAUUGCAUUAUAAACAUGUCAAAUCUCAGGACCUCUUUUAGCUUACAGUAAUAAAGUAAUAAUUAAUCUUAUAAUAUUGCUACAAAUCCUUAUUCCACAAGAUCAGACAGUUAAGAAAGCAAUUAAGAAGAUGCGUAUGAAAAAUGUCAUUCCAGAUCAAGCACUUUUUCCACAUUUGUGACCAAUCAGUGAUCAGAUAAAACAUAUAUUUAAAUGCUCUGUAAUUGGACUUUUCCUUUUCUUUUUACUUUGCUUACUACAUAAUUGCAUUAGCGCAAACAAUUAUUCAUCAGUCCACCAGAUUAAAUUUGAGAUGAAGGAACCAUGUGACCA